AUGGCGACACCGACUGAAAACAAUGCCAUUCUGACGGGCAAAAAGUUAAAUGUCCUGGUCUACUCCGGUUCGCUCACUAACUCUGCCUGGCUGCGUAAUCGCUCUCUGACCGACAAUGGCUCGACAGGAACCGGAACCACUGUUGACUCCGUCCGUCACUGUCUCUACACCUUGCGCCGCUUGCUUGCACCAAACUACGCCGUCACGCCCGUCACAGGUGAUAUGAUCUUGAAAGAACCAUGGAUGGCAACAUGUGCUCUUCUUGUGAUCCCCGGCGGUGCAGACAUGGGCUACGCGCGUACGCUGAACGGCGAGGGAAAUCGGCGCAUCACCCAGUUCGUGCGCCGUGGGGGUAAAUACCUCGGUCUCUGUGCGGGAGGCUACUACGGGUGCAAAAGAUGCGAAUUCGAGGUCGGAGACAAAACCAUGGAGGUCAUUGGCGAUCGGGAGUUGGGCUUCUUCCCCGGAACUUGUCGAGGCGGUGCCUUUCCCGGGUUUGUUUACCACAGCGAAGCCGGGGCAAAGGCGGCCCGGAUUGAUGUCUCCAAGGAGACGUUGAGCAUUGGCACGGUCCCAACGCAGUUUCGGUCCUACUACAAUGGAGGUGGGGUCUUUGUUGAUGCUCCGAAAAUGCAGGAUAAGGGCGUAGAGGUACUGGCAAGCUACUCGGAGAAACUGAACGUGGAUCCCGGAGAGGGCGCUGCAGCGGUCGUCUAUUGCAAAGUCGGAGACGGUGCAGCGAUCUUGACGGGACCUCAUCCGGAAUUUGCGGCUGUAAAUCUGGACCCUCAAGCCAAUGGUCCAGAGUACAAAGAGAUCGUAGAUGCGCUGGCUGCCGACGACAAGGAACGAACGGACUUUUUAAAAGCCUGUCUUUCCAAGUUGGGGUUGCAGGUCUCUCAAGACUCGACCGUCGUUCCAUCUUUGUCGUCAUUACAUGUGUCCGGACUCAAUACCGAUGACACUUUAGAUAUUCUCGCCUCUCUUGCGCCAUCCCUGACCAAUGAAGGUCAAAAAGAGUAUCUGAAGGACGAAAAUGAUACGUUCAGGAUCGAGCGCCCCGGCACAUGGAACUUGAAUGACCUGGAAGAUGCCUUGCCAGAGGGAUCCUCAUCGUCCCACGAGGGCAUCGUUGAUUAUAAGGAAGUUAUCAAGCGACUGGUGUUUCACGACGAAAUCCCAUCCUCCAAAAUCACUCCGUAUUUCAACCAUCACGCCUUUUACGCCAAUCUUCGCCAAUACCAGUCUGAUUCAAAAGAGGGCGCUUCAACCUUUGGUUCGAAGUUGAUGUAUGGGGAAGUCCUCACUAGUACGAACACGAUAUUGGAGAAGAACGUCAAAUUGCUGCGCCAAUUACCCCAUGGAUUUACCGCUACGGCGACUGUGCAAGUUGCAGGGCGUGGCCGAGGCUCCAAUGUUUGGAUCUCUCCCGCGGGCUCGUUGAUGUUCUCAACGAUAGUGCGGCACCCUGUGGAGAAGAUCCAGUCUGCACCUGUCAUCUUUAUUCAAUAUCUGUCAGCAAUGGCAGUGGUGAAGGGGAUCAAAAGCUAUGCCAAGGGAUAUGAGACUCUCCCCGUAAAAUUGAAGUGGCCCAACGACAUCUACGCUCUCGACCCAGAAGACCCAGAGCAAAAGCGAUACACCAAGAUCUGCGGCAUCCUCAUCAAUUCACACUUCAUGUCAAAUGAAUACAUCUCCGUCGUCGGCAUCGGUUUGAACGCCACCAACGCCUCGCCCACGACCGCUCUCACGGCUCUCGCUGCUCGCUACGCCACUCCCGGAGCCGCUGCCGCAUCUCCAAUCACUCUCGAGAAGCUACUUGCUCGCAUUCUCACCACGUUUGAAGAGCUUUACACCCGCUUCCUUCGAACCGGAUUUGAUCGCGCUUUUGAAGCGAUGUAUUACGAAGACUGGCUGCAUAUGCACCAGAUUGUGACGUUGGAGGAGGAAGGCGGUGCUCGUGCCCGCAUCCAGGGCAUCACGCGAGAUUACGGACUGCUACUUGCUGAAGAAUUGGCCUGGGAUGACCGUCCAACUGGCCGAGUCUGGCAGCUGCAGAGUGACAGUAACAGCUUUGAUUUCUUCCGCGGGCUGCUGAAGCGGAAGGUUUGA